UUGAUGAUGACUACUAUUUCAGGCCUUCUGUGUCUGGUCCUUCUGGUUCUCUUAGCUCUCGUCAAAAUCUUUCACAAACUAUGGUGGACUCCGACUCGGAUACAGAAAUUCAUGGCUCUGCAGGGAAUCAAAGGCCCUCCUUACAGACUCGUCCAUGGAAACACCAAAGAAAUCUUGAGAAUGCAGAAACAAAACUUGGGCAGCCCCAAAAAGUUGUCGCACGAUAUAUUAUGUGCGGUCCAGCCUCAUGUUCACACAUGGAGCAAUAUAUACGGGAAGAUUUAUCUUCAAUGGCAUAAUUCUCAAGCUCAGUUGGUAAUUAUGGAACCCGAGUUGUGCAAAGAGAUACUCAAUAACAAAGACAGAGCUUAUCCGAAAAAAGAGUUCGGUAACUUUGAGAAGAAGAUAGUAGGAGAUGGCAUGGCGACCGCAUUAAAUGUUGCGAAAUGGAUGAAGUUGCGAAAGAUCGCAAACCAUGCCUUCCAUGGAGAGAGCUUGAAAAGUAUGAUUCCAACCAUGGUCGCUUGUACUGAGACCAUGUUAGAAAGGUGGAAAAAUCAUGAGGGCAAAGAGAUUGAGGUGUUCGAAGAACUUAGGUUGUUUACUUCAGAAGUGAUUGCAAAAACAGCAUUUGGAAGCAACCAUGGUGAAGGACAAAACAUUUUUGAGAUGUUGAUGAAGUUGUUUUUCAUAGCAUUGAAAAACAUUUUCACAAUCCGGCCUCCCGGUAUGAUGAGUAAAUUGUAUAAAACAAGUGAUGAGGCUGAAGCAGAGAGAAUUGAGAAAAGAAUGCACAAGUCCCUAUUUGAGAUUAUUAAGAGAAGAGAAGAAAAGGCAACGUCGGGAAACAAUGACGGCUUUGGAAGUGAUUAUCUUGGAUUACUUUUGAAGGCUCAUCAUGAUGCCAAUGAGAAGGAGAGGAUAUCCGUGGAUGAUAUGAUCGACGAGUGCAAGACGUUUUACUUUGCUGGACAAGAAACCACUAAUAUUGAGCUUGCUUGGAUUGUCUUCCUUCUGGCAGUCCACACUGAUUGGCAAGAGGAAGCAAGAAAGGAGGUUCUUGAAUUAUUUGGUAAACAAAAUCCGAGUCCUGAGGGCGUUGCCAAACUAAAAACAAUGAGUAUGAUCAUCAACGAGUCUCUAAGGCUAUAUCCUCCUGCUGUUUCCAUUGAGAGGAAAGUUGAUAGGGAGGUUAGAUUGGGAAAUUUCAUUAUUCCUGCUAAUGUUGAACUGGUCAUCCCAAUUCUAGCAAUCCACCAUGAGCCUGAAUUUUGGGGGCAAGACGCGCAACUGUUCAAACCCGAACGCUUCGCGCGAGGAGUUGCUAAAGCUACUAACAAUAACAUAGCCACAUACAUACCCUUUGGAAUGGGACCUCGGACUUGUGUGGGUAUGGAUUUUGCAAUCAUUGAAGUGAAGAUUGCUCUGUCAAUGAUUUUACAACGCUACAGCUUCACUCUUUCCCCUGCAUAUGUCCACUCGCACGUUCGGUUCAUACUUCGCCCACAACAUGGAGUUCAAAUCAUUCUACACCCUCUUGUGAACUGCCCAUAAACCCUGCAGUUAGUGUAUCCAUAUA